AACUCGGCGGGAGCGCCGCGGGCACGGACACGGCGCCCGCUCCCCGCACGGCUCCGCACCGCCCCGCACACCGCCGGCCGGCGGGACGGGGAUGAUCCGCGGCCACCGCGCUGCCUCGGCACCUUCUCACGCCGCCCCCUCGGGCACCCCCGCACGCCCGCGCAGGGCCGCCCCAGCGCGGCGCUGAGCGCUGCCCGGCGUCGGAGUGAGAGGCGGUGAGGCGACUCCGCUCGGCCCCGCUUGGCUCAGGACCCGAUCCCCGAUCCCCCUCCGGGCUGGGCGCGGAGCUGCGGCAGGAACAGGCAGCCACGACUCCCCCGGCUGCGGUCGGUGGCUGCCGGACGGUACCCCUCUUCGGCCCCUUUUUAGGACUUUUUUUUCUUUCUUUCCUUAACUGAAACACGCCACUUUUUUUUUUUUUUUUUAAACUUCUUGCUCAUUUGAAUUUUUACUUUCUCACUAAACAACCCCCGUCCCCUCCUUCCUCGUCCUUUCCUUUUCGGAGCCGACCUUGCCGUCUCUGGACUCGCCGCCUGCAGUGUGAGCAUCAUGUCAUUCGACCCCACCACCAUGUCACCUGCGAACGGCUCCGCCAACGGGACCGCCAGCGGGGCCGAGGGCGGGAAGCCCCCCACCAUCCCCACCGUCAUGUUCAUCUUCGGCGUGGUGGGCAACCUCAUAGCCAUCGUGGUGCUCUGCAAGUCCAGGAAGGAGCAGAAGGAGACCACUUUCUACACGCUGGUCUGUGGGCUGGCUGUCACUGAUCUCUUGGGGACCUGCCUGGUGAGUCCAGUCACGAUUGCCACUUACCUGCAGAACCGCUGGCCAGGAGGACCUGCUCUGUGUGAGUACAGCUCCUUCAUCCUCCUCUUCUUUGGACUCUCUGGACUCAGCAUUAUCUGUGCCAUGUCUAUAGAGAGAUACCUGGCCAUUAACCAUGCCUAUUUCUACAACCAUUACGUGGACAAGAAGCUGGCAGGCCUCACACUCUUUGCCAUCUACGCUUCCAACGUGCUGUUCUGCGCCCUCCCCAGCAUGGGGCUCGGCAAAUCUACCAUGCAGUACCCUUACACUUGGUGUUUCAUAGACUGGCGAACAAAGGAGGCCACCCAUGCAGCAUAUUCCUAUAUGUAUGCAGGCUUCAGCUCCUUUCUGAUCAUGGUGACUGUGAUCUGCAACAUCCUGGUGUGCGUGGCCCUCAUUCGCAUGCACCGCCAGUUCAUGAGACGCACGUCCCUGGGGACAGACACCACCUCCAGCCGUUUAUCUGACUUUCGCAGACGCCGGAGCUUCCGUCGGAUGGCCGGAGCAGAGAUCCAGAUGGUCAUUCUGCUCAUUGCCACUUCCCUGGUGGUGGUGAUCUGCUCCAUUCCUCUGGUGGUCCGUGUCUUCGUGAACCAGCUGUACCAGCCGGCACCAGUGAAGGAUGUCAGGCAAAACCCUGACCUGCAAGCCAUCCGCAUCGCCUCAGUGAACCCCAUUUUGGACCCAUGGGUCUACAUCCUCCUCCGCAAGACUGUGCUCAGCAAAGCCAUUGAGAAGAUCAAGUGCCUCUUCUGCCGCAUUGGAGGGGCUCGGAGGCAGCACUCAGGGGGCAACUUCAACUGCGUGGAUGGGCGCAGGACCUCCUCUGCCAUGUCAAGUCAGUCACCCUCAUUCAUCUCCCGUGAGCUGAGGGAGAUCAGCAGCACCUCCCAAACACUGCUCUACCCCCCGGAGUUAAGUGAAAGCAGCAUCGGGGGCCACGUGCUGCUCCCAGGUCCCAGCGCCAGCUUGGCCCAGUCCGACACCACAUCUGUGAGGACACUGCGCAGCUCCGAGACCUCGGACUCCUCACAGGGACAGGACUCCGAGAGUGUCCUCCUGGUGAAUGAAAUCAAGUCUGGUGGCGGGGCCAGCUCCACAUCCAAAAGUGGCCCUCUCCAGGUCACCUUCCCCACAGAGACAUUGAAUUUAUCAGAAAAGUGCAUCUAGAUUGCCAUGAAAGGCAUCAACCCUGGGGAUACUUCCUGGUACAUUGGAAAAACUGGUGCAAUAGAUAGGUGUUCUGCCUAUUCAUGGGAAGAGGGGUUCAGCUGUGCUUCAAAGGGCUAUUUUUCUCUUGCUGUGCGAUGGGUACAUUUCUUUUAGACUACUGAGGACUGUGUGGAACAGACAUUGCACUUGGGCCCUGCCAUCAGAAAUGGUACAGUGCAGGUCUGAUGGGACUGGAAACGUAAAUGGUCUGGUCUUGUUGUGAGAAAUAAAAAGACCCACCACUUGCUUUUUUCUUUUCUUUUUUCCUUUUCCAAGUCUAGUGGAACUGUGUUUUCUCUCCCCAUGGUUGCUCAGCUAUCAAGAGUUUAAGCUUCUGGUACUAGAGCUGAAUUUCAGGCAGCUGCUAGGAACUGGACACAGCUACUCUGAGAGCUGCCUGGGGUAGGAUUUUAUUUUAAAGUGUCUCACUAAAGCAUGAAAAUGUGAAUUUUUAUCAUUGUAUAUAUAUCAGGAUUGAAAAUAUUUAAAAGUCUAUUCUUCUCUAUGAGAAGGUUUGUUAUUAAUACAAGGUAUAUAGAAACAAUUGCCAGCCUUCUCUUCCCUCAGUAUUUCCUGCUGAUAAGACAUUCUUGGAUUAGAUUUGUUGUCCAUGCUAGAUUCACAGCUGAUGAUGUAAAUUAUCUAGCUGAGAAUACAUAAGCACUUUCUGAGUGAAAUGGGAAUAUAUGCAUUUUUAAGAGAGAAAAAGAAAACACAUCCUUUUAGUUAAGAAUAUUAGUUUUCAGUAUAUGUGUAUACUAAAAAAAGCAAAUUUUAUUUAUAUUCUGAGAAUGUUUCUCUGUAUAACACGUGCGCGCCUCUCCGAGUACGUUGGCCCCCAGUCUGCACACUUUAGGCACACACUUAACAACGCCCAUCAGAGUAGUCCCUCUCUUGCCAGGGAGACUCCCUACAUGUAAAGUGUAAGGACAUGUAAGGACAUAUAGAAGUGCUUUCAAUAUCAGGGCCCAAAACUUUCAACUCCUGGUUAAUAGUCAUAAUAUUCACUUUAGUUAAAGCAUCACUGAUGUAAUAAAGGUAUUUUUUCAUAACAUUUAUCAUUUUACUUUAAAUAGUAAAUAGAAUUUUAUGACUGUGUAAUCUGAUACUCCGUCAAAUAAAUGUACAAAACCAUGGAAGCAGAAUCUUCAUUUAAAGUAUAGAUUAUAUAGAACUAUAUCUUGGUCUUGAACACCUUGAAAAGCAUUUGUUGCUAGAGUUUUUAUGGCAAACACAUCACCAAAACCAGCUGUUAACCACUGACAAAAGAAGUUUUGUGUUUUAUGUUGUAAGGGUUAGAUCUUGUUCCAGAAACACUGUGUAUCAAAAUAAUUCUGUACAGAUAUCUGGAGGAUGUUUUGUCAAAUACUAAGCAUGUUAUGCUGCUUAAAGUGUUUUCAUGUGAAUGCUAUAUUGUAAUGAAAAUCUUGAGCCUUAUGUUGAUAUGUUUAAGCAGUUGUACCGACCAAAGUAAUUUUGGGGAUCACAAUUAAAUGGAAAUGUUCUGCUUGA